CCAAGUGUGAGUUACGAAAAUAUCACCGUAUUCUGUAUCACAUAAAUUGAUAUAAACUAAAGAUAUUAAUAGAAAAACGGAGACGCCGAUCGAUGCUAAAGCAGCACGGACAUCCUCGUUUUACCGCGGCUCCAAAUUAAUUAUCGAAACGUUGAACAAAAAUUGCAACGACAUCAAAUCGAGUAAAAAUUAUAUUAAAAAAAGAGAACGUGUACUCCAUACUGGAUGAAAGUGACGAUUGUCCCAAGUCAUUUGACUUAAUAAAAUUUAUUUUGGAUUUUUAACGUGGAUCUACUGUUGCUUGCAGAGUUGUGGGAGGCUGGAAGGUUUCUUUAAAAUUUCGGAAGAGAUAAACUGGAAUCGUGCGCGGGGGAAUGAAUGGCGAAGGGGGUUGAGACGUCGGGGAGGGUGAAUUUGUGGAGCAGGCUGAUGUCGAUGCACGCACCCCUCUGACCAACGAACCGUGCCACCCCAGUACAGGUAAAACGGGUGCGAGUUACCUGCUCGAAGAACGUUGAUACUACUUUUCCAUCAGCUAUCAUCCGAUGAAUCCAAUGAAAUUUCGAAUAAAACAGCAUCGAUUAUCGAGAGAUUAACGUGAACGGAAUCAUUAAAAUUGUAAGAAUCGGAAGAGCAUCGUAUCAGAGAUGGAAUGAAAGAGAAUGGAGAGAAUCGGGAAAACUGUGUGGGGCUGCCACCCUUUUGGUUGUAAACAAAUUGAAGGGUUGGAAGAGGGGCGAGUGGAGGGGGCUGGGACAACGGAGGUGGUCGCGAGAGUGCUAGGUGUCGGUGGUACUCAGUAGCACGGCGGUCACAGAUCCUCUCAGAACACAGAAAAGCUGCUACCGAGAUGAACCAGUGAUCCAUCGAAUUCAAAUAAACUGUUUUGUAAAUUGAAAAAAACAGGCGAGGGAUAGGAAGUGAACUUGACUUGUGAAAGUGACUAUAUAUAUAAAAAAAAAAAAUUUGAUCUAGCAGGCGAAGGAAAUUCGUGAAUUCUCCAGAAGAUUGUGGGACCAUUGAUCGAUGGAUCGACAGCGAUGACAACGUCAAGUAAUUAAAAUUCGCAGUUCACUCGAGGAUUUCAUCUGGUUCGAAGAGGAUGAAGGCUGAGAGCAACAACGGGUAUCUGAGGACCGCCGUGAUCGAGGAACAGAACGAGAUUCCCGGUUCCGGUCAGGGGACACCCGCCACCAGUCCUCUUCAGGUGACUUAUGGUCCCCACGGCACGACGACGACGACGGUUCUCCAGCAUGGCGGAGACAGCCAGAAGCCACUGGACGGCCUCGCUAAGGCCCCGUCCUUCACUCGUAGAAGACGAAGAGUGUCGACGAGUCGGCAGCAGCUGUUCGGCGUGCUGGCUAUCACUCUGCUCACCACAUGCUUCUGCAUCCUCUUGCUGCUCGCUUUGAACACCAGCCGUGAGUGCGUCCAGGAGUCGCCGAACGUUUGUUUGACGGAGGAAUGCGUCAGAACAGCUGCAAGCUUGUUGUCAGCGAUGGACCGGACAGCAGAGCCGUGCGCGAAUUUCUUUCAAUACGCGUGCGGCACUUGGAAUCAACGGCACGUGAUACCAGAAGAUCGGAGCUCGAUCAGCACGUUCGAAGUGCUCGCUAAUCAACUGCAAGUGAUACUGAAACGAAUUUUAGAGGAACCACCGAACUGCGAGGACAACAACGCUACUCUCAAGGCGAAGAUGUUCUACAAAUCGUGCAUGGACAUCCCUCGUAUAAGGGAGAUCGGUGACGGUCCACUGAAAUUAACUUUGGACUCCCUUGGGGGGUGGCCGGUGGUAGUCGGACCGUCGUGGAAGCCACUCUCCUACUCCGUCGAGGUUCUGCUCGGACGGUUACGCGGGGAGUACAACGAGGGUGUGUUGCUGGAACAGUGGGUCGGACCAGACGACAAGAACUCCUCGGCCAACAUCCUCCAGCUGGACCAAAUGCAGCUGGCAUUGCCUAGUAGAGAUUACUACUUGGUCAGCGAGAGUCAACUGAACGCGUACCAUCGUUACAUGACCAACGUUGCUGUAUUAAUGGGUGCCAAUCCUAAAACCGCUGCGGAAGAAUUCCAUCGCGUGAUC